CUAAGUCUGGAAGGCAACCAGCUGACUCAGAUCAGCCACGUCAGAUUACCCAGGAGCAACUCUGGAGUCAAGAUGUUCCUCAGUGGAAACCCUUGGCACUGCGCCUGUGAAAUGCUCAACUUCAUCGAACAUUACAACUACGCCAUCAGGGACAUUGAGUACAUCAGGUGUGCCUCCCCGAGGUGGCUGGAGGGACUACGCACGGCCUACCUCACCAAGGAGAUCCUCUCCUUAGACUCUGUCGACGGUGACUGCACACCCCAGACUCCUAGAGUCUCACAUCAUACCCUUGUACUCCACUAACAUCUCUUG